GUCUUCUCUUCUCUUCCACUAUAAGGAGCCACAACCUCUCAAAACCCUCUCCACCAUAGACUCAGAAUUUCAGCUUCUUCUCCAAAUCUUUCAUGACUACCACUACUCACAAACAGCUUGAAGUUCUUACAGAUGAUCAAACACCACAGAAAUGGUGUGUUCUAUUGAGAGAAGAAGUGUUCAAAAAGUUCAUGUCUCAAGGUAGUCCAAUAGUGCACAAGGUGUUUGGUGUUGGAUCAUUUUUCAGUCCUCUUUUGUUUGGGAAAUUCUUUGAUCCAUCUGAUGCUUUUCCACUGUGGGACUUUGAGUCAGAUAUCUUAUUGUCUAGUCUAAGAAGCUCUGGCCAAAGCACUAUUGAUUGGUUUCAGACAGAGCAAUAUUAUGUGCUCAAAGCAGAACUACCUGGAGAAGGGAAAAACAGUGUUCAAGUGUAUGCUGAAAAUGCGAAGGUUUUGGAGAUUAGUGGGCAGUGGAAGCAGCAGCAACAACAAAAAGAUCAGUCCAAGACAAACAGUACAAGAGAUUGGAGAAGUGGGAAUUGGUGGGAAUCUGGGUAUGUUAGGAGGCUUGAGCUCCCACAAGAUGCAGAUUGGAGAAAGAUAGAGGCAUAUGUGACCAAUGACCUGAUUCUGGAAAUCAAAAUUCACAAGAUCAACAACUCCUUGGAUGCUGAUAAUAAUCAGAACACUACUGCAUAAUAUAUGUGAUGAAGGAAUGAAUCAGUGUAAGUAGGCCUAAAACAAAUUACUGGGGGGACUUGUAAUUACUGUGUAGAUUCUGUGAUGAUCUACUACUUUAAUCUAUUAGGAGCAGAAUCAUAUAGUUAAGUAAAAAUAUUUCAUUGGGGCAAAUGAACCAACAAUGGGGAUGUAGCUCAGAUGGUAGAGCGCUCGCUUAGCAUGCGAGAGGUACGGGGAUCGAUACCCCGCAUCUCCAAUCUGCUGGUUUACGUUUUCUUUUUUCUUCUUUGUCGUUUAGCUUACACGGCCUGUCGUUCGAUCAACAUCAUCAUAUUCAAUAUCUGUGCUCAAACCAAAAAGAAGGAAAUAUCCAUCGAACUAAUUUUUUUUUUUUGGGUAGAUUUUUGGUUUGAAAAUAUCAA